AUGUGGAGGUCACCGUCACGAUUGAUACUAAGGAAUAAUGGUUGUCGGAGUAUCAUAUCACGGGCAUUCAUAAGCAUUGAAACAUCUCAUCCACCUACAAUAUAUGCUUUAUCCACAAAAUACGCCAAGUCCGCCAUUGGAGUGAUAAGAAUAACAGGUUCACAAUCAUCAUAUAUUUACAAACAACUUACCAAAUCUACCAAAGAUCCUAAAGCAAAGCUAACUAGUGUUCGCAAAUUAUAUUCCCCUGACACGAAUGUACUGUUGGAUGAAGCUCUUACUAUCUUUUUCAAGUCUCCAAGAACAUAUACUGGUGAAGAUUUGUUAGAGCUACACUUACAUGGAGGAACAGCAAUUAUUAAAUCAGUGCUUAAAGCUAUUGGAAAUCUCCAUGAUGUCAAUAAUGAUAUCCAUAUACGAUAUGCCGAGAAUGGUGAAUUCUCUAAACGGGCUUUUAUAAAUGGUCGAUUUGAUCUUACUGAAAUAGAAGGUAUACGAGAUAUGAUUGAUGCUGAGACUGAAUCACAAAGAAUAGCAUCUUUAUCUUCUCUUACAGGUCAAAAUAGACUGCAUUUUCUUAAAUGGAGAGAAGACAUUGUUAAUAAUGUGGCUUUACUUACUACUUUAAUUGACUUUGGAGAAGAUCAUGAUAUUGAAGAAGUUGAACAAUUAUUCUCAACUGUAUCAGAAAACAUCGACAAGUUACAAACAGAAGUCCAAGAUUAUUUACGAAAAGUUAAAUCUUCUGAGAUCUUAUUAAAGGGUAUUCGACUUGGAUUAAUAGGUCCACCUAAUGCAGGAAAGUCAUCAUUACUUAAUAUAUUGGCUAAUAAAGAUGCAGCCAUUGUGAGUGAAAUUGCAGGUACAACAAGAGAUAUUAUAGAUGUGCCUAUUGACAUAAGUGGAUAUAAAGUAAUUGUGGGAGAUACAGCCGGAAUACGAGCCAUGUCAACUGCUACAGAUGUUAUUGAAGAAGAAGGUAUAAGGAGAGCCAAAGAUUAUUCAUUAUCAAGUGAUAUUGUGGUGAUUGUAAGACCAGUCAACUUAUUUGAAAAAGAUGAAUCUGAUCUAGUGAAACAUAUUAAUAAGUUGAAGGAACUCAAUAAAACUAUAAUUGUAGUUUUAAAUAAGGAGGAUCUUCGAGAUCCAACCUUAUCGAAAGAAGAAUUGAUCAGGGCUCAUUCUGAAAUGCUCGAUAUACCAGUUGAAAAUUUCCAAUUAGUAUCAUGUUCUACAGGGAAUGGAAUUCCGGAAUUGAACAAUGAACUUAUCAACUUAUUCAAAAUGUUGAGUCUUUCAGAUUCCGCUGAUCCUAUUGUUAUAUCAUCAAGAGCUCAAGAUAUUUUGGAAAAGGAUGUUCUUAAUGGAUUUGAACAAUUUCAUUAUUGGAGGGACCAAGAGGAUGUUGUUCUCGCUUCAGAAAGUUUGAAGCAAUCAGUUGAAGGUAUUGGUAAAAUAACUGGAGAUUCAGUUGGUAUUGAAGAAAUAUUAGGAGUUGUUUUCUCUAGCUUUUGUAUUGGAAAGUAA